AUGGGUCGCCAGCAAAAUAACAGUAGCAACAACCGGGGACAGUCUGCACAAAACUUGUUGGGAUUUCACUUUUCGACUCCAGCACCUUCCCAACAGCCUGAGCGGAACCGCAAUCGCAACUUCCAAAACUACAACAACAGACGAAAACAGAACAAUGCCUACAAACCAUCGGCGCAAGAUCGAACUUCCUGUCGGCGAAAGGCAAAUACCGCCAUGUUUUACCUACACUCUUCAAGUGAGCACCAAUUUUGCUUGACGCGGCAGGCCCAUUCCAAAUUAUCCAAGGGAAAGUAUUCUUUUGAGGGCUCUGACUCUCCGGUAUCCUGGGAAUCGGUCCGGAUUGUCAAGCAAAUGCUGGCAUUGUCUAGCAACAAAGUGGAUGAGGAACCAAGCUGUCCCAUUUGCUUGUGCGAAUUUGUAUCAGCCCGCAUUACCAAGUGUGGACACUGCUUUUGCCUUUCUUGUCUAUUGCACCAUGUUCAUGCCAACAGUGCGGCCCAAUCAAAUCAUCAAGUCAGGUGUCCCUGUUGUGCAAUUCCCAUUCAUUUGGAAGACUUGAAGCCGGUCAUGUUGGAAAAUGUGGUAGCACCAGAAGUACAGCAAUCGAUCACCUUGGUCAAACUACAUCGGGAAAAGACGUGUUCAGCACCCUAUAUUCCCAUUCCAGGCUAUUCCAAACAUUCCCAUCCAUCUUGUGUCCCUUGCAUUGGGGAUGCUGACGAAAAAUUUUCUCGUUUUAACUAUGUCGAUUCGUCGGUGUAUUUGUCAUUACUCUACCAAAACCGAACCGAGGUGGAAGAAGAAGCCAAGUCACUACCACAAAACUGCUUGGAUCAGGUCUUUGUCCAAAUGGCCUUGGAAAUGGUACUGAAGGAUAUUCAGACUGCCGAAAUUGAGGCACCGACGGAGGUAACCUUCCAGCAAGACAUGGUGAAGCCAACCAGUGGCUUUUAUCAGCAGCUGUUACCAGAUCCAUUGUUAGCGUCAACACACAGAUGUAGCUCGAUUGGUAACGAGAAGGAGGCUUCUGAAAAUGUCGAGAUGCAGUUGGCUGGUGGAAAACCAAAAAGGAAUAAAUUGGAACGAUACGCUGGUAGCUUGUACAUGGAUGAAGCAUCCACUUUGGAGUACUAUCAAGCCGAAGACGGGCAACUGGUAUUUUUGUGUGGUUUCAAUAUGAAUUGUUUGCUAGCUGACUUUCGAAGAGGGAGACCAGAAGUCUCCGGAGAGGAACUUCGGUUCCCUUUACCCGAUAGGAUCAAGGGACGGGUCCUCGAAAUUGAUCGUAAGAACAUGACACCAGAGCUACAGAAGCGAUUACCCUUUUUGUCCCAUUUACCAUUGUAUGUGGACUUUAUGUUUGUGGAAUUGGAUCUUAACCAUAUCUUGACAGAGCAAGCAAAGCAAAAAUUCAAGAACGAAUUUGCCAAUCGGCGCAAACGACGCCAAUCCAAAGUCAAAGCAGAGAAGAAGGCUGAUAAAGCAAAGGAAAGAGAAGAAAUGCAACGAAUCAACGAGCGACGAUCAAGAUUCCAAACCAUUGAUCCGGGGGACGAUUUUUUCCAACCGUACGUUCCCGAGGAAUUCAAUCUCGGUGCAGCAGACUUUGAUGCGACAUUGGGAGGAGACGGUUCCAGGGAUAUUCUAGGAGCUAGCCCUCCUUUAAGCGCUUCGCCUAGAAUCCAGGCUCCACUACAAAACCAAGAAUUGAAUUUCAUGGCAGCGGCCAGGGAUAAUGGUUUGGUAGUCUCAUCCACCGAGGCCUUUCCUACCUUGUGUUCUGUCACAUCUAUCCCUAGUAGUGGCAGUAACCCUGCCCCACCGUCCUGGGGUGGUGCGAAACCGCUGCAGAGACAAGGUUUCCCUGCGCUUUCUUCGCCAGUGAAAAAAACACCUGGAGGCAAAAAGAAGGGAAAAGGAGGAGGCAAGGGACAACUUUUGUUUUCAACGGGUGGACAAAGAGGAACGGGUUAUAGAUGA